AGUCAGAGCUUCAUUUCCGAACGACAGACAUCGACAACAACAAUGGAGCGAGGUGGCUUCUGCAUGGGACCGGGGUCGCUCAUGGGCACGGCUGGGUUCAAGUGGGCUGGACGUGACCCAAUGGACGACUGCUCCAUGCUGUGGCUCGAAAGCUGGGGGCUUACGAGCUUCUCACGCGCUGCUCUGGCGUGUCUUGUGGUCUUCCUUCUUGCCGUGUUGUCCCAAUACUUGACGACGUCCAACGACUGCCAGCUGCAGCAGUCCAAGGACUUCUCCAAGCGCCGCUUUGCUACGGCUUUAGCGCAAAGAAACGGCGGGUCGAGCUUCUACGACCCGGAACUGGGUACGGACUGCGAUAAGAGCAGUAAGACGUGCAAGCACGCAGAGGCGACGGAAGAGUCGGCGGUGCAUCCCGAGAGGCCAGAGCUGAUGGAGACGCUGGACGCCAAAGCCGUGACGCUCUCUAUGGUAGAGCAUGCGCACCCAACAUCGGCCUCAUUGACAGUGAGAUCGCCACCGCUAACGUCCGUGAAGGUCGGCAACUGGGCGCACCUGGGCGACUCGCUAAUGCGUGGCGUGAGGAUUCUGCUCGCGUACCUUCUCAUGCUGGUGGUCAUGACGUACGACCUGACGCUUAUCACCAGUAUCGUGGUGGGCUUUAUGACCAGCUUCUUCGUGUUCGGCAGGGACACGGCCAAGGUGCCCGUGUCGGCUGACCCAUGCUGCUCGUAGGACAAAAGUGUCCGACAUUUCGCGCGGUAUCUGUGACGACAUCCUCCCUAAAGACUUCGACGCUAGCGCGGCCAAGAAGCAGUAAGGCGGAGGCAAACAUGCAACCAAACGAGCAUCUCCAUGCUCGUUUCUAAACUAUUUCUAUCGUAAUUUACUUUGCAAUGAAAAAAAAAGUUGUGAAUUAUGCGCGAGU